UUGUCAGGAGCGCGCGGCGCGAUGGCUGACAUGUUUUUUGUUUGUUUUUUCCUUUGUUCCAGCUUUCAGAUUUGUUUGUUGAUUUAUCUGCCAGUCUUAUUAGAGAAGCUAUCAGAUAAUUAGCAUUGAAAAAUUCCACUCCUGUAUCGUAGCGUUUUUUCCACUUAGACUUUGAAAGUCGUGAAUUAAUCAUGAGUUCGUUCACGGGGUUGUUUUUCGGUUCGUUACCUAAACUCGGCGAGUUGAUGGCGGUGUUGAUGGAAGAAGUGAAGGAAAGUGAUGUCGCAGCUAUACAGCCAGGAUGUUGCAGGGAGUUAAUAUUUACAGAGUCCAGAGUGAUACUGUCCCCAUGUGUUGAAAACCCAAAGCAAGUAUUUCUUAUUUGCAAGAGGGAAGUAUGGGAAUGUUCAAAGCUCCAAGCUAAUCUGAACAAACUAAAUCUUGAGUUUGUUGAAGAGGUAGACAUCAGUAAGAGUUUGUUCCAGUUCUGCCUGUCAUUCACACUCACACAAAGACUGGCUCCUCUAUGGAACAAGGCCGGGGACUAUUUUAUUCAAGGGCGAGAUUUCCUGGAAACAUCCACAAAGCAGAAUGCUGUCAUCCUAGAUGUAAGCAUAACUGACAAAGUCUGCAUUGGACUUGAAGCUGUAAAUCUUAAAAUGCAGCCUUCUAAAGUGAAUCAGUACUGUGUGAACUCCAAGCUACUGCAGAGUUUUAGCUGCUGUUUUGAUGCCAGUAUUGGUGACUGUGCUAUCCAAGAUGAUUUGUGUUAUGUGUUACCAAGCCUGAAGAAAGGACGAGUAUUGAGUAUUACCCACCAGCUUCCAGCAGACUCACCUUUUGCAAGCUACGAGGACAUCAGGAAAUAUUGGAAACUGGUGUAUGGUUACCGGUUGCCUGCUCAUGAGAAGGUAUUCUACAAUGUGCGGUUUUUCUUCAGGAAGUCUAAAGUUUUCACUUACCCAGCCAGUUGCAUCCAUAGUGCAGCUCCCCAUGUCUAUCCCCGUUGUGACCAGCAUGCUAUCUUCACAGCCUUCAUUAACAAUCUUCAAAGCCGUGUGCCAAGUGUGUGUGGCACACCCUUCAGAUUGACCUCAGCUCCUCUGUACUACACCAACCGCUUACACAGUGCUAGCCAGCCGCAGAGUAACCUUACACGCACUGAACCCGUACUGAAGCAAUGUAGACCUUUCAUGUCUACAAUACAAUGCAACUCAAAAAAUGGUGCCACACGGAUAGAUAAUUCACUGACUCACAAUAGCACCAUUGCAUCAAAACCUGAGCAUGCAGUUCAAAGCCAUUAUCAGCACUCGCUUCCACAAGGCCAUUCAAGGAGCGGUACUUCCAGAUCAGGCAGUGAUGCUGCUGCUUAUGCACCUUAUAUGAAGGCUGGGACAGUACAAGCCCAAUCACCAGUUGAUAAUGUUACUAGAGUAUCCUCCGAGAAAUUGUCUUCUACCAACCUGACAGAUACGGGAAGCAAUCAUGAUUGUGCCCUUGUUGAACCGAAGCCUCGGAUUGUUCCCCAUUUUACAAACAAUAAAGUGCAUAAAAAGAAGAAUUCUUUUCAAGAGAAUCAAAAAGCAGCCCUGUCUUGUCAUGACAGACCAAAGGUGGUACCCAAAUUUAACCAGAAACUGGCCCAGAAGCUACCACAGCAGAGCUGCAACAUUCACAGACGACAAAGUGAAAGGAAUCCUGCAGAGAAAGAUAAAUGCCCACCUAGUGACACUAAUUCAGUUGCAAGAAAUACAUCCUUCUCACAUGACUAUGACAACUAUGCUAUUCAAGACAAGCUUCUUACUCAUGAACAGCCACACCCAGAACAGAUUAGACAGAAAGUAACAAUAUAUCCAUUGCGACAUGGUAAAAUGAGAUCCCCCCUCACCUCUGGGAAAACAAUGCUACCACAGGCCAUGAACCAAGCUAAUAGGCCAGUUAGUCAGAUGGAGGGCCAGGAAGGAAUGCCAGGAAGACCAGUGUUACCACCGGCCAUGAACCAAGCUAAUAGGCCAGUUAGUCAGAUGGAGGGCCAGGAAGGAAUUCCAGGAAGACCAGUGUUACCACCGGCCAUUAACCAGGCCAAGAGGCCAUUUAGUCAGAUGGAGGGCCAGGAAGGAAUGCCAGGAAGACCAGUGUUACCACCGACCAUUAACCAGGCCAAGAGGCCAUUUAGUCAGAUAGGGGGUUUCACUCAAAAUAUGUUUUUACCAGUUGUUCAAACAGCCACCAGUCACCUGGGACAACAAAGAAGUGAUCCUUUCCGUGACGCAAGUGAUAUUCUUUCCCUGAGUUCCUCAUAUGGGAAUGCUGGGAGUAGUGCUAAACCACUCAAACGAUCUCAGUCCAAUGAAGCUGAUAAUCAACCAAAGAAAGCGCGACCUAAGUCAAAAGUGCAAGAGAAUGUAGAUGUUCGCCAAAUGGCUUUAACAAAUCAGCUUCACAAAGUCAACAGUGUGACCCUGAUCGACUGGCUGAGAAAGCAUCAUAUUGCUGUAAAGUCUAAAGACAAGAAAGCCGAGCUGGUGGAGAGAGUGAUGAGAUAUAUGGCACUGCACCAGCAUGAAGUUUAACAGGUAGAGACAUACUGCUUAGGAGCAAAAUAUACGUUGGCCCAUAGGCUUACUGGUCCCUUCCCUUUACAUGGGAUAUAUAACGCUACACUAUCAUGAAGUUUAACAGGUAUAGGCAUGCCAGUUAGGGGCAGGAGAUUUGUAGGCCCAUAGGAUUUUGGGGAGGGGGUUUGGACGCACACGCACGCACGAACGAACGCUAGCACGCACGCACACACACACACACACACACACCACUGGCCCCUUCCCCUUACAGGGGAUAUAUAACGCUGCACCAGUAUGAAGUUUGACAGGUAUAUAGGCAUACCGAUGAGGGGCAGAUUUGUAGGCCCAUAGGCUGGGUGGAGGGGGGUUUGGACACACAUACACUACUGGCCACCCGGGGGGGGGGGGGGGGGGUUCAGGGUAAAAGUUAUGAUGCUUGUCGGGAAAUUCAAAUAAUACCCCUAAAACUUAUACCUGUACGCCAAAAAUUGCUACCAUAAAAAUACCCCAAUAUCCCAAGUCUUGAAAAACAAGUGUUUUGUUUAGAAGUACAAAGUAUAAAUAAUCUAAAAAAACGUUGGUUGGUAGCACCACUUUCUGAAAACCCCUAAAAAUACCAUUUCUAAUAGAAAAGUCUAUUUUCUCUCAGACACCCCUAAAAAAAGAAUUUUAAUCCGUAAAAAAUACGACGAGCAUCCCGGUUGACUUGGGAAGAAAUCCCCAGGGACCGACCCCUUCCACUUAUAUGGUUUUCUGUCAACCUUGAUAACGUAUUUGAUUCCAAACAAAAUCAUAUUCUGUCGUGGAGGGAAUUAAAAAUUAUAGGGGUAAGAGGUUAGGGUCUAAGUUCAAUUUAUAACUAAAGAAAAAUGUAAUAGUUGGAUUUUUAAAAAAUCGGGAAAUUCAUCACAUGUAAUGUUUAAAACUUAGUGCUGAUAACCAGCUUACUUACCUUUCUUUCAAUACAUGUUCGCCUGAAAUUGCUAAAAAAAAUAGAGCGGUCGUAUCUUUCCUAAAUGUAUGUCGAAUAAUUCAUUUCAAUUACAAACAACGUAUUGAUAGUUUGUGUCGCUAAAACGAAAUAUUAUGUUAUUAAGUGCAAACCUAAACAAAAAAAAUAUGAGUAAAAACAAAGAAGUUAUAAAUUAUCUAAAAUUAAUCGGUUUACUCCAGUCGCUGGAUUUGAAAAAAAAAAAGGACAAAUAUUGUCGGUUUAAAGUAAGCAAAAAAAGUUGAACAAAAACGGUAUAUUAUGAUGGGUUGAUUUGAACAAAAAGCUUUCGCAAAUAGUUAAACAAAGAAAACUCAGCUGAAGGGAAGUACAAAAAAACGGAACAAAGGGGUUUAUUGUGUCUUUGGAAAGUUAAAAAAAGAAGUUUAAGAGUUUAUACUGAAAGUUGAACCAAACAAUUAUAGGCACAACAAAAAUCGUAACUAAAACUACAAGAGGUUGAUCAAUAUCAAGUCUAUAGCUUAAAAAGAUAAAUAAAAGUUUGUACAAAGUGUUUAAAAGCCUUUUGUGAAAAGCUAAUUUCGAUGAGACGAGGGCAAGAAGGAUUUCACAAGUUUUAUCAUCACGCUUUCUCGACAACACUUGAGACCUCAUACUACUCGGCGCCAGCACUCUAUUCGCUAAACACGUGGUAUGUCUUCGUGACAUUAUAAUCUGCUUGUAAACCUAUAAACGCCCACGGAAGACGAAGCCGUGGAAAAGAACUCAAGGCCGCUGCCACCAUAAGCAAUAGAAAGUGACCUUUCUUGUAUCUCGAUUGUUCCACCACAAAGGCUCAUAUUGUGGCGUUUUCUUAAGCCUCCCGUUGCUUCCCUUAUUAAAUGAAAUUAGACACUUGAAGACGAGCGUACACAAUGGCCAAAGCACGUUAUGCGGGUGGCUAAUGAGAUUGCCAGCGAACAAUAGCGGACAAUGUGCCGCGCUCGACACAAAACGUGUGGCUCUGCAAAUAUUGAAUCAGGGUCAUGGUCUAAUAUUGCGCUUGCUAUUAUUAGCAGUGAUUUGACUUCCUUGAUGAUCAAGCUAACGCGAGCAAGGUCAUUGCAUGCUCGGUUUUGUACCUACGAUUGUGGCUAUUCGACUGUUUUAGACAUUUCCGUACAAUAUAUGUAUCAAAAAUUGAUUAAACUGGAUGAAUUUUGAUCUGACUAUUCGAAAAAAGUUGUUUAGAACUCUGAAAAUAGGUUAGGAAUGUAUUUAUUUUAUAAACAUUUCAAAUAGUUUUAAACGAGUUCCGAUUCUGUGUAAACUUAUAAAACUCUUAUUAAAAAAAAACAAUUGUACGUAAAUAACAACGGUUACCCGAAAAAGUGCUCUACAUUGAAGGAGAAUUAUCAUCCAUGAAAAAAGUAUUUCAACUUCCGAUGACCAUUUCUUUGACACUACUGUUUCGUAGGCGUUCCCACCCACUGCUAAGUUAAACUUACACACUAGUGUAUAACUAGGUGUUGUAUUUAAAGCAGCGGUUUUAAAGUUCUAGGUCCUUAGAAACUAAAAGUGAAAUGACCUUUAUUUCUAUAUGUUGAAAGUCGAGGUGCAUCUAUAAGAAUAAUCUUUAUGAAACUCGUGCUGUGUCUUUCGUAUUCAUACUUUGUGGCGUGUCUAUAAUACGCUAGCACAAAGCUCUAGCUCAGGCUUGACGUUUUCCACUUUGUGGGAUACUUGGUAGAAUUUAUUAAAAGACUGAUUAUACCAAUAUUCAUUCGCUUGUCACUGAACUCAUAAUGAGCUUAUUAAGAAAUCUGAGGGAAAAGCCCUAUGAUUUAUAAGGCGAUCCCUUAUCUCUGUGCCCUAUCACAAGUCCCGAUUCAUUAUACCCCCUCCCCUCCCUAGCUAGAAGACCUGCGCUAGUGUCCUAUCACAAGUCCCGAUUCAUCAUACCCCCUCCCCUCCCUAGCUAGUAACCCUGCGUAAGUGUGCUAUCACAAGUCCCGAUUCAUCAUACCCCCUCCCCUCCCUAGCUAGCAGCCAUGCUUUUGUGCGCUAGUAAUUACAAGUCCCGAUUUAUCAUACCCCCUCCCCCAUAGGCAGUAGCCAUGCUUUUGUGCUCUUUUUAUUACAAGUGCUGAUUCGUCAUACCCCGCGUCACGUUCCCUAAUCCCGUCAAGUGCUUUCUAACCUCCGUGACACGACAACUUUUCCGUUGAUUGGACACUUAUUCAUUCACUCCCCGUCAAACACGUAACUUCCUAGUUUUUUUUAAAUAACUUCGUUUUUCAUUUAUUUCUUUUACUUUUGUUGUUUAACCUCUAGCUAUUGUUUACUCGAUUGUUGUGUGAAGACAACCCUCCAUGGUUUGUCUGACAUGAUCAUUAUUCCUUUUUAUUGUUUGUUAUUCUUAACACACUCUUGCGACCUUGCACACCCCGUAUUGUCUCUAUUAGGUUAUUAGGCCUUGUAUAUUUUCCCUUUGUUUUUCUUCUAAAGGAACGUUUUGUUCAACGUUUAGGUCUUACACUUUACCCGUAAUUCUUAUUGUGGCGAGAAAUGAUCUAAAUAAGUCUAUUACCUCCUUUGUGUUUUCUUUUAUUUUUAUGGAGCUAUCCGACUCACAACAAUUAUUGAACAGUUAAACACUUACGCUUGUCGUUGGGGGAGUUCACUUUGUACCUUCCUAUAUUUACUCUUUACAAAAGGUUCCACGCCUUGUUCCCGAUUGUACAGAAGUACACGCACUCUCCUUUCUUAUAAGAAUUUUUUAUAAGAACGACCAGUGUAAAAUUUUACCUGAUUCUCUGAACAUGCUGAGGCUCAAAAACUGUGAUAGGUCCUACAAUGAAUUGUGUUCAUGAUAGUGACCUUAAAUAUGAUAAAAAAAAAAAAAAAAAACAGAACGGCCCAGCCUUAACUAAAAAUUAGACGUGUAUCACUCCAUAUCCAUGGUCUAUUGCCUUAUCUGUAAAACAUGCUUUCUGUUGUGAGGUGUGGGGUGCGUUUCCCUAUUCCCCACUGUACAGGGGUACAUAUCACUCUAUAUCCAUGGUCUAUUGCCUUGCUCUUAUCUGUAAAACAUGCUUUUUGUUGUUUAGUGUUACAAGGCUUUAACACUCUUUGUCCUCCCUCAUCUGCCAUACUGCACUCUCCCAUUCUUCUCUCCUUAUCUCGAACACGUUUUUAACAUAGUUAUAGACGUGCGCGCACAAUAGCACCUUUGUUUGUAUACACCACGUUUAUUGAGGGAUUAUCACCUCGUUACGGAUCAACAUAGUCCAUUAUCGCACACUAAAUACCGCAAUAUUGACCUGUCACAUCAGAGGAAGUCGUCGCUCUCAUGAGCAAGCUAUGACCAUGACGUCAGCCCACGCUCACGUGUGUCGGAAACACGUUGAGGAACAAUAUCUUCUGCUCCACGCAAUGUUUGUUCCAGACUUAUGACUUCUCAAUAACUCUUUCAUAAACGUUGAGAAGGUCGUUUUGUUUAAAAAGUGAAAUACAAGGGUUUAUUCACAAGAAAACUUCAAACAACCACCUACUAUUGAAGCCUGGUACCUUAAAGAUAUUUGAUUGAAAGUAUCUUAGUUACUUGUUUUAUUAUUGUUGGAUAAUUUUUAUAAUGUGAUAUGCACGUUCUUGAAUGGAAAUCACGUAUCAUUGUUUUAAAAACAUUUGACCUUAGAAUCAGUCGAUAAUAUUUAUCGAUAAUCUAAAA